AGAGUGCACAAUCCGAGCAACUGUCUGUGUGUGAGAGAGGCUUACCCGGAGAUUACAGGAGAGGCAGCAGAGUGAUUCACUGAUUACCAGUAGUGUACAGGAAAACCCAAUGCACGGAUUAGCUCAAAUAUGCUGGGGCUCUACAACAGCUAAAGGGAUAUUAUACAAGCUACCUGAGCUGGAUUGCUGCAUCCUUUCCUUAUGAAGAAGACAAAAACUUGGAUUAUCACAUGUAUUUAUCUUCAACUACUUUUGAUUUGCUUUGGAAGUCCGUGCAGUAACCCUGUCACUGAUGCUGUGAAUGACAUUGAAAAACUGGUUGGAAAUCUCCCAAGCGAUUACAUUAUGCGUCUGAAACGCGUCCCAGUAAAAGAUCAUCUGGCAAAACACUGCUGGUUUUACGUUAUGCUGCAUGAAGUGUCGUACCGCCUAGAAGAACUGUUAUCCAAAUUUUCCAAAACAUCACAAAAUUAUCAUAUCUUAGACAAUCUUUCCCUAAUACUUCGAGAAAUCAGGUUCUGCGUUAAACUGAACGAGCAAGAGGAAUUUGUAGAAGAAUACUUAGAGACAAUUCCAGAGGGGCAUGUGAAUCCCAGUGAAUUUUUUAAAUAUGUAAACAACACUAUUAACCUUUUCAAGGAUAUAAACAACACACACUAUAUUGAUACAUGUAUGGUACCUACAGAUGGUCCUGAAGAAGGGGAUAAUGUCACAAAGGGAAACACACAGUAUGCAUCAAGUAAAUUAAAAAAUAGCAGCAAAAUUGGGCCCCUAGAACAAGCUCCAUUUAGCAACAGUCCAUCAUUACCAUGGCCAAGCAUAGCCUCAAUAACAUUGGCAUGUCUAGUCAUUGGAUUUUUAUUUGGUGUUAUGUGCUGGAAGGUAAAGCACCAAAGAGGUCAAGCAGAGAAUGAAGUUCCUGAAAUCCACAUUGAUCAAACAGAGGCUAAUGAAUUAAAUAACAUGCUACAACAGACAGCAACAAAUGUCUCUGUAAUAUAGAGGUUCUCAGCAAUAUCUGGUUACAGCACUAGGUUUGUUUUCUGGAGUGGUUAAAAACAGACUCUUACCCUUGUGAUGCAACAAACUUGUUUGGACUCCAUUGUGAUAAUGUAGAGAUGAACUCCAUCAUUACCACUGAUUAGACUUACCCUCACAGUAAUAUGUGCCUCACUGGACUGUUAUCAUGCACAUUAAGAGUGAGGAACGUCUGUGAGUGCGGGUCAACAGAGAACCAUAGCUACGCCAAACUCUAAAAGCCUACAGAAAUGUCUGUGGUAUUAUCCUGCCAAGAUGGAAAACAAAACAAAUUUUGGGAUCACCGGAUAACGAUUUGUUUUUCUGUUUGGAUUGAUCCAGCUGUUAAUCAGCAUUGUGUUCCAACCAUCUGCAUCCAUGAGACAGACCAGAAUGUACUGUAGUUUGAUGCAAAUCUGGGAUCUUAAGCACUCCCUGUUAUCCUGGCUUAAGGAAUACGGUCACUGCAUGACAAGAACCAAGCCCAGUGACAGUAGUGCAAAGAUAUUUUCAUAGCAUAUUGUAUAUCUGUGGAUCAGUUCUUUAGUUACCAAGAGCCUUGUUGCUCCAAAGUUAGCACAAGAGUCAGGAUCUACAUAUAUACUUUUUUUUUUAAGUUCACAUAAUAAAUAUAUUUUUUUAUAUUGGACACACAUUUCUGUACAUAGAGUAUUAUAAUAUGUACCACUUACAUUGAGUUGGUGACUCUGGUGGCUUAAUGGGCCUGGUAAGAUUAAACACAGAAUUAUUUUAUAUAAUAUGACAAAAAUAUGAAUGACAUUAUCUAUUUAACUUCACUUCACAGUGAAUUAUUGUGGUGCAGUGCUCAAUGCAGUCAUUCAAUGGAUAAAUGCACAGUGUUUGUGCCAGAAAGAAUGUUUCUCCAGACCAUUACCAUGGGAAAUCAGUGCUGGUGCUGGAAAAGAGAGUGUAAAAAAUAAAUGCAUUCAGUUUUGUCCUGAAUGGCAUAAGAAAGUGGUCUGUAUUUAUAUGCAAUUUAAAUUAUUUAUUGCAACCAUUUACUAUAGUAGAAAUUUACGAUCUUAAAUACUUUAUUACAAAUCUGAUGUCAUAACAUAAAUAAUUAAUCUUACAGCAUAUGCCAGUUGUAACAUUUGCUAGUAGUGCUUCAAUGGAAUCUGUUAUAAUAUUUUUCUCAUUUUAUCCUGUGAAUGUUAACACUGACAUGAACUGAUGGUAAUCUUUCUUAUAAGUACACCUACUUUUUUAAUUUCAUGUUUUUUCAACAGAAUUGUCAAUAUAUUUUCAAAAUGUGAUAUUAGUAGAAGGAAAAAUAUUGCUAAAAAGUGUUUUGAUAUAUACAUUUCUGUGUGUAUUUUUCUGUCAUGUACAGUAUAUCAAUCUUUUUCAUCUCCUGGAGUGUUUCUAUAUAUGUGUCACUAUGAGUAUCAAGUUUGGGCCAUUUCAAUAAAUAGAAAAAAGGGGCAUUUGCCUCAUUUCCACAGGACAUUAGCCCACCAUUUAAUCUAACCUGAUUAGGAUAUGCACUAAAAGUGUUGUUGUUUUUUUUUUAGCUCCGUAGUAUGGUAGUAAAACAAGAAAUCACAUUCUAAAGUUUUUGCUUCCUUCAUUAAAGUUAUUUGCCCAGCAAAAUCCAAAAAGUGUUAAAACAAUACUAAGCUGAAACAUAAAGGGGUCUACCACUUAAAAAUCAAUGUUAUUAAAUCCCAUCCCUUCCCAACAGUGGUAAUAAUAAUUGGGAUCCUGCCACUAGGAUACCCAGACUCCACUGAUUUUAAAAGGUUCCCUUUUCCUUUUAAAAAUAAGUGGCUAUCUGUCAAUAACCUUCUAGGCUGCGGGAGAGAGCUGACACAUUGUCUGUAAUAGAAAGCCUAGAGCUUACGAAGACAGCUGAGCAGCACCAAAGAUGAACAACAGCUGUACCGACUAUAUGAAAGUUCCAGGACCCUACUAAAGGGAAGGAGUUGAAUAAAAAUUAGCUUUAUCCCUAGAUCUAGCAAAUGUUAUACAAUUCUGCAAAGAUUUAGCUGUUCGCUUUAUGUUGCUACUCAAGUUUUGCGAAUUAGUAUGGGGUCCGCAAAUGUGAUCUUUUCCUUGGACCCACAAAUACCAAAAAGUGGUCUAGGUUUAGCCAGCACCUCUGUCUGAUUAGAACUUAUCAAUCAUCCUGGAUGGCAGAAAGCUAGGUAAGGAUCAUUUUAUAGACAGGGAACUCAGAAGCUUACUUGAAAAAAUUAUUUUCUUUCUUUCUAGUUUAAUAUUUGGAAAAAAAACAUUGUUAUAUUUGCUUACCUAGAAUAGAACUUUCCUGUGAACUAAAAUAAUAUAUCAAGCUUAUUUUACAUUAUGAUAUAUACUUGCCAUUAAAAUUGUGGUACAUUUAAAAUUAUGUUUUAAAAGUACGAAGGGUUAACAGAAACCUAUACUUUUAUUUACCAUCUAGAGUUUGCUGGGUUCAACAGGGUCUCCGACCAGUCUAGUGGACAACACCAUACUUAAUCCUCUGUUUGCUAAACGGCAUAUCCAAUUAGGCAUGGACCUAUUCAAUUAGGUCCUACAUCCCCAUGCGUAACAAGGGUUUUUCCUCGAAGCCUCCGGAGCUGCAAGGAAAAACCCAUGGUCAACGCAUCCGCUAGUGGUUAACGUGCGGGAAAGACCAUAGGUUUCUGCCCUUUACAUGGAAUCUAUGGGUUAACACAGGCUACCCCUGAGUUUACCAUGCUGAAAAAAUUGAAUACUGUAGCUCUGGGUGUUAAACCCAGAGGUUUUCCAGCAUGCUAACCUAAGCGUGUAUUUGGAUAUGCUUUUAAUUCUUUUUGAAGGUGUCAUUGUCCUUAUGAACCUACUGAUGUGGCAUGGUACUGUUAAACUUAUCUAGGACCAAAAAAGGGUUGAAAUUAAGUAGAAAUUCAGUUUUUUUGCUCAAUAUUACACUCAAAACUAGAUUCUUUACUGUGUUCAAUGAUGUGGUCAAUAUGAAUUCAAAUUAAAAACAGGUAUUUGUAAUGAGAAGUGGCUUGAUAAUGCAAACAAAUAUGAGUAGUAUCUCCUAGAACAUUGUCUGAUAUUUAUUUCAUGUUUUUGAAUAAAAACACUUUUUACUUU